AUGUCCACUGAACCUUUCAAGAACGUAUACUUGCUUCCACAGACCAACCAAUUGUUGGGGCUAUAUACCAUCAUUAGGGACAAGAACACCACAAGACCAGAUUUCAUUUUUUAUUCCGACAGAAUCAUCAGACUGCUAGUCGAGGAAGGUUUGAACCACCUUCCAGUGACACCAAAGACCGUCGCUACACACACGGGCGAAGACUUCACAGGUGUCUCCUUUGUUGGCAGAAUCUGCGGGGUUUCCAUAGUGAGGGCCGGUGAGUCCAUGGAACAAGGGCUGAGAGACUGCUGUAGGUCUGUUCGUAUCGGUAAAAUCUUGAUUCAAAGAGACGAAGAGACAGCUUUGCCAAAACUCUUCUACGAAAAGCUACCAGAAGAUAUCUCAGAUAGAUACGUGUUUUUGUUAGACCCAAUGCUGGCUACAGGGGGUAGCGCCAUCAUGGCCACCGAUGUACUAAUCAAGAGAGGGGUGAAACCAGAAAGAAUCUACUUUUUGAACCUGAUCUGCAGCAAGGAAGGUAUCGACAGAUACCAUGCUGCCCACCCAGAUGUUAAAAUUGUAACGGGUGUUUUAGACAAAGGUCUGAACGAACAGAAAUACCUAGUCCCAGGUCUUGGUGACUUUGGUGACAGAUACUACUGCAUCUAA